AAGACAUCUCUACCCUUUUGCCAAAACGACACACUUUUUGAGUUUGAGGCCAAAGGAAAGGAAGAAGCUUCUCUCCUUGUCUCCUGAUCAACUGCUGCCAAGAAUUUUUCAUCUCUAAUCCUAUCUAUCUCCUUCUCUCCGAUUAUAUAUUAGCACUUUCUUCUCUGUCAUUUCUUCAGAAAGAAAAAAAAUCUGAUUUCCCAGCCGCGACCUUCUUCAAAAUUCAUUGCAGAAUAUAUGCCAUUGGCUUUUGGGGAAUUGGUUGUGAAGGCACACAUUUCAAAUGGCUUCCUCUGCUCUGAUAUCUGAUACUGACGCUUGGAAGGACUUGAAGGCCCGUGUUCAGGAGAUUAAGGCAAUCCAUUUACGCGAUUUGAUGAGCGAUGCGCAGCGGUGCCAGUCAAUGAUCGUUGAGUUUGAUGGGUUGCUUUUGGACUACUCACGGCAGAAUGCCACAGUUGAAACCAUUGGAAAGCUCUUUAAAUUGGCAGAGGCAGCAAAUCUCAAAGAAAAGAUUAACCGCAUGUUCAAUGGAGAGCACAUAAACAGCACUGAGAAUAGGUCAGUGCUUCAUGUAGCUCUGCGUGCUCCCAGAGGCGCAGUUAUUCAGAGUGAUGGGAAGAAUGUGGUCCCAGAAGUUUGGAAAGUUCUGGACAAGAUCAAGGAGUUCUCUGACAGGGUCCGCAGUGGUUCUUGGGUCGGAGCUACAGGAAAGCCGCUGAAGGAUGUCAUUGCUAUUGGUAUUGGUGGCAGCUUCUUAGGUCCUUUAUUUGUGCAUACUGCCCUUCAAACAGAUCCAGAGGCUAGUGAAUCAGCAAAAGGACGCCAGCUUCGAUUUCUUGCAAAUGUUGAUCCUAUUGAUGUUGCUAGAAAUAUCGCUGGGUUAAACCCUGAAACUAGCCUUGUGGUGGUGGUUUCAAAGACUUUCACAACAGCUGAAACUAUGCUGAAUGCCCGAACCCUUAGGGAGUGGAUUUCUGCUGCUCUUGGGCCUUCUUCUGUUGCAAAGCAUAUGGUAGCAGUCAGUACCAAUCUUACGCUUGUGGAAAAGUUUGGCAUUGAUCCCAACAAUGCUUUUGCAUUCUGGGACUGGGUUGGCGGACGGUAUAGCGUUUGCAGUGCUGUUGGGGUGUUGCCUUUAUCUCUCCAGUAUGGUUUCUCGAUUGUUGAGAAGUUCUUAAAGGGAGCGUCAAGCAUUGAUCAGCAUUUUUACUCAGCACCAUAUGAGCAAAAUAUACCUGUGCUUUUAGGCUUGUUGAGUGUAUGGAAUGUUUCAUUUCUUGGAUAUCCUGCAAGGGCCAUCUUACCUUACUCCCAAGCUCUGGAAAAGUUUGCCCCACAUAUUCAACAGGUUAGCAUGGAAAGUAAUGGCAAGGGCGUAUCAAUUGAUGGAGUUCCACUUCCCUUUGAGACCGGUGAAAUUGACUUUGGUGAACCUGGAACAAAUGGUCAGCACAGCUUUUACCAACUCAUUCACCAGGGACGCGUUAUUCCUUGUGAUUUUAUUGGUGUUGUGAAAAGUCAGCAACCUGUUUACCUGAAAGGUGAAGUGGUGAGUAACCAUGAUGAGCUCAUGUCCAACUUCUUUGCACAGCCAGACGCCCUUGCAUACGGGAAGACCAUAGAGCAGUUGCAGAAGGAGAAUGUUCCACAACAUCUUAUCCCUCAUAAGACCUUCUCUGGAAAUCGGCCUUCUCUCAGUCUUUUGUUACCUUCACUGAAUGCUUACAAUAUUGGACAGCUGUUGGCAAUCUAUGAACACAGAGUUGCUGUGCAAGGUUUCAUAUGGGGCAUCAACUCUUUCGACCAAUGGGGAGUUGAAUUGGGAAAGUCUCUAGCUACUCAAGUUAGAAAGCAACUUCAUGCAUCUCGUACCAAGGGAGAACCUGUUCAGGGCUUUAAUUGUAGCACCACAACGUUGCUAACAAGAUACCUAGAGGCAAGUUCGGAUGUCCCUUCCGAUCUUCCAACCCUUCUACCACGGAUAUAGUUGCCUGGAUUUAACAUCGGCUUCCAAAGUCGGCUUUACUUUAAUUUAUCGUAUUUGUGCUUGCGAUUUUCUCAAUGUUGAGCAUAUAUUUGAUAUCCCAUGUACUUAAAUUUGGGAUGUUUUGUUUGGACAAAACUUUUGGGAAGGAAUCCUACAGAGUGUUCUCAAACGUUGCUCAACCGGCACUAGGUUUGUGAAAGAGGCCCAAUAAUCUAGAAUGCUCCAUUCUAUUGGAAACAUUCUUGUAUUGUAGACUGCCCAAUGUAUCAAAUAAUCAAAAUAAACAGUGCCUUUUAACAUUUCUUGCGUUUUUUAGUAAAUGCACACUGCUUGUCCUCUA